AAAACAAUGUUUGUCAAUGUUUCUGUUACUGCAGGUGGCAGCACUCCUCCGGGCAUUAGCGCCCCCACAGUGACCAGCAUCCCCUCCCCCAUUAGCGUUAAUGGUUUUACUGGCAUGCCGCCGCCCCAGGCGAACGGGCAGCCGCCGGCAGAGGCUGUCUUCACCAACGGGAUCCACCAUUACCCGGUGUUGCAGGAGGUGGUUUUUAGGGAGGACUCAGAGAAAAACGGCUUGGGCGUGGCUCCGCGGAGUUGUUUUGGGGUUCAGGGUGGCUGCUUCCUCUCCUCUCUCUCUGAAGCAGCUCAGAGUCCCACUGCGGCCGACCCUCUCCAGCAGGCUUACACAGGAGUCCAGCAGUACGCAGCAGCCUACCCCGCCGCAUACGGUCAGAUCAGCCAAGCCUUCCCCCAUCCUCCACCCAUCAUUCCACAGCAGCAACGAGAAGGACCAGAGGGGUGCAACCUGUUCAUCUACCACCUCCCUCAGGAGUUUGGGGAUGGAGAGCUGAUGCAGAUGUUCCUGCCUUUCGGAUUUGUGAGCUUCGACAACCCAGGUAGUGCCCAGGCUGCCAUCCAGUCCAUGAACGGCUUCCAGAUUGGCAUGAAGAGACUGAAGGUCCAGCUCAAGAGGCCAAAGGACGCCAACCGCCCCUACUAGCCCCUUCUCCCCUGCCCCAGCCGGCCACCGCGGCAGGCGGGGCAGCCGCCGUCAACAGGAAGAGACAGGAUUUGUUGAGCUGAAUAAUACGUUGACCACUUGCCACCCACCGCUGAGCGCAAACUCGGCUUCUGGACCACAAAGUCUGCUUCAGAAAAAGAGAGAAGAGAGCGCGAGCAUUGACCCGGUCCAGGACACUUCCCUUUGGAUGUACUAAAAACUUUUGAACUGAGAGAGCGUUUUCUGGUUAGCACCAGGACUUCUUUUCCUCCUGCACACAUAUAUACACCUCCUCCACCUAAAAAAGAAAAAAGAAAAACAACACAAAAAAAAACCUGCUUGAAUGACAGCUACCUUUUUCUGGACCACAGACACUUUUACUUGAACACCGAGAUGGGG